AUACUUUAUAAACAGAACAAAUCCGCCUGUACUUUCCUUAUUUUUGCAAACUGAUUACUGGUUACUAAUAAUAUCAUAAAUUCAUAAUAAAAUAAAAACGUAAGUUGGUUGCGAUUUUGGUUAUUCGUUAUUGAUGAAACAUUGUAUCUGCAUUGAGAAAAUCGGUUUAUUCCAGCCACUGGUCCGCCGAGUUCUUGGGUAUCUGCUCGCUCGUUGUCAGCUGUGAUUGUGUGACACACUGACAACACUAGUUCGCGACUGAUGCGUUCGUUUUUGUCACGAGCGGUAAUUACCGUAUGUGCGCCACAGCCUUUUGUUGGAUAUUUCUGGAAAAACUGUUCGCUGUUGGUCGAAAACAGGAGUUGUAGAUUCACCAUGGCGCAGACUUCAAUUACGUCAUUUUUCACAAAAUCUUCCGAUGCUGCCAAGAAAUCCCCAUUAAAACCAGGAGAUAAAUCGGAGGCUAAUGCUGGCAAAACAUCUGCAACGUCUGAUAAUCGGGAGAGCCAGUAUGAUCCCAGUGCGGAAUCUUAUGAUCCCUUGACUGAUGCCUGCUGGCAGAAAGGAGAGAAAACACCAUAUAUCGCUCUUGCCAAGACGUUUGACACCAUUGAAAAGAUAUCUUCGCGUUUGACAAUUAUACGGACCAUGCGGAAUUUUUUUCGUUCGGUUAUAUUGUUGAGUCCGGAUGAUUUAGUGCGAUGCCUGUACUUGAGUUUAAAUAAAAUCGCUCCAUCGUGGGAAGGACUGGAAUUGGGGGUGGGAGACAGCAUAGUCAUGAAGGCGAUUGCCGAUGCUACAGGGAAAACCGUGCCAGAACUUAAGAAAUUGAAAGAACAAGAAGGGGAUCUUGGGUCUGCGGCUGCACUUUCUCGGAAUACACAGCGAACGCUGGUGGCCUCGAAAAAACUCACUAUAGAGAACGUUUUCCAAAAGUUUCGGGAAAUCAGCAAAAUAUCAGGGAAUGCGUCUCAAAAAAGGAAAAUCCAGCACAUCACGAGUAUGCUUGUGGCCGGAAAGCCAGUUGAAGCGAAGUUUAUUGUGCGGGCUUGUAAGGGAGGCAUGCGUAUUGGUCUAGCAGAGAAAUCCGCUUUGAUAGCCCUGGCACAUGCUGCCCUUAUGGUGGAACAAGAUGAUGGAAAGAAAAAAGCCAAGGAUGAUAACAUCAAAAAAGCUGAAGAAACCAUAAAAAAUGCAUUUAAUGAAUAUCCGGAUUAUGAUUUUCUUGUGUCUGCUCUUUUGCGCGGGGGUUUGGAUGAAGUUCAGCGGGUUUGCCGGAUAAGAGCAGGAAUACCCGUGAAGCCGAUGUUAGCUCAUCCUUCGAAAGGGAUCGAUCUCGUUAUGGCUCGAUUGGGUGAUUUGGAAUUCGUGGUUGAAUAUAAAUAUGAUGGAGAGCGCUUACAGGUGCACAAACAGGACACAGCAAAAAUCACCAUGUUCAGUCGUAAUCAGGAAGACCACACACAAAAAUUCCCGGAACUUGUCGCUAGAAUUCCCACCCAUUUAAAAGCUGGUGUGGAAUCUUUCGUUCUGGAUAGUGAAGUGGUGGCGUGGGAUUUGGUUGAAAAGAAAAUCCUCCCUUUUCAAGUUCUUAGUACGCGGAAACGUAAGAACGUUGGGGAAGCAAAAGAUGUGACCGUCCAGGUUUGCGUGUACGCUUUUGAUCUGCUGUAUUUCAACGGUGAAUCAUUGAUCUCCACUCCUCUGCGCCGCAGACAAGAACUUCUACGUGAAAAUUUCAUCGUAACACCUGGAGAAUUCAUGCUAGCCCAGAGUUUGGUAUCCAGCGAUCCGGAGGCAUUGCAGAUAUUUAUGCAGGAAGCAAUUCAGAACAGCUGUGAAGGCCUUAUGGUUAAAGCACUGGAUAAACCAUAUGAAAUUUCGAAAAGGUCCAACAAUUGGCUAAAGUUGAAAAAGGAUUAUCUGGAUACCAUUGGAGACACUGUCGAUGUUACCGUUAUUGGUGCAUUUUUUGGCUCGGGAAAACGGGCUGGGACAUUUGGAUCGUAUAUUUGUGCUGUUUACGAUCCCGAUCGCAAUGAGUACCAGACUUUAUGCAAGCUUGCCACCGGAUUGUCAGACGAAAACUUGGAAACGUUUACCAAAUUUUUCCAAGACAAAGUAAUAUCGAAACCACUGCACACCUAUCGCCAGAAAAUUAAACCUGAUGUAUGGUUUGAACCCGUGCAAGUAUGGGAGAUUAAGGGUGCCGAUUUGUCCGUUUCUCCAGUACAUACUGCAGGCAUUGGCCGAGCCGAUCCAGAGAAAGGAAUAUCUCUCCGCUUUCCGCGUUUCAUAAAGAUACGCAAUGAUAAGCAACCCGAAGACAGCACCACUGGCGAUGAAAUUUUUGGAUUAUACCGGGAUCAAGCGGCGCGGCAAGAAAAGAGCAAAGAAGAGGCUGUGGCUUCUGAUGAUGAUGAUGAAUAAAUUAUUAUAAACGAACAGCUUGUGCAAGGACUUUGAAUUUAGCUCCCUUUUUUGUUGUGAUAGCCCAUUCUGCUGUUGUGUUAUGGCAGAUUAUUACUUGUUAAAACAUAUCGUUAAAACAUAUCGUUUUGUUUUACAGAUGCUCUGUAACUUGUACGUUUUGAACAGAAUUUUCUAAAUAACCAUCUCGUAUUGACGAUGUAAUAGUUAGUUCUAUGGUUUCUACUGAUUCCUGUGUCGUGGAUUGAUCAGAAGCUGUAGACAGUCCACCGGCAAUAGCAGGCUUCCAGUCUGCUGUGGGCCAGCUCAAAAUCGUUAUGCGCUGUAAUAAAGGAACCAUGAGCGA